AUGCCAGGCUUCGACUUCUCCAACUACAACCGCAACGCGGCUCUUCACGCCAGGGGCGUUCCCCUUCCCAAAGCUACCAGCACCGGUACAACAAUUGUGGGAUGUAUCUACGAUAAUGGUGUUGUGAUUGCAGCAGAUACCAGAGCCACUAGCGGGCCCAUAGUAGCAGACAAGAACUGCGAGAAGCUCCACUACAUCGCCCCGAAGAUCUGGUGUGCCGGUGCCGGUACCGCCGCUGACACUGAAUUCACCACCGCGCUGAUCAGCUCAAACGUCGAACUGCACUCCCUAUCGACAGGUCGCGACCCUCGUGUGAUCACAUGCAUGACCAUGCUGAAGCAACACCUCUUCCGAUACCAAGGUCACAUCGGCGCGUACCUGGUCGUUGCGGGUGUUGAUCCAACCGGAGUUGGUCUGUACACUGUGCACGCGCACGGUUCCACAGAUAAGCUGCCGUACGUGACCAUGGGUUCCGGAUCCUUGGCCGCUAUGUCAGUGUUUGAAUCGAUGUGGAAGCCGGAUCUUGACAAGGCCGGUGCUGUGGAAUUGUGUGCAGAGGCUAUCAAGGCUGGUAUCUUCAACGAUCUGGGAUCUGGUAGCAAUGUUGAUGUCUGCGUCAUUGAGAAUGACAAGCCGACUCAGUUGAUGCGCAACUAUGAGAGGCCCAAUGAGCGUGGACAGAAGGAGCGCAACUACCGCUUCCCUCGUGGUACUACUGCUGUGUUGAACCAGAAGAUUAUCACAAAGGAGGAUAUGAAGAAAUAUGUCACUAUUGAGACCCUAUCUGGGGACUCCAACCUCGCGGGAGAUAUGGACGUUGACAGUUAG